GUGUCAUGUCCACCGCCGUCCGGAACGCACGCCCAGCGGUAACCGUCUCCUCAGCGUUCUUACCACCGUCGGCCGGUGCACCGCCGAUGUAUUCUAGUGGUGGUCCUUGUUGUAUAAAAUAAUAAUACUUGUUUUUUUUGCGCUAAAAAAUUCGUGUACGAUAAUUUUUUUGUAUGCGGUUGAUUUUUUUAUUUUAUAAUAAAUAAUCGUAACCCCGUGGCCCCAAAUCGGGUCGUCAACCGGAUGGAGCCUCGGUCCGGGCAACCGGCGGCCGCCGCCGUCGGAUGCUUCUUGUUCUUCUUGCUCAUCGCCUUGGCUUCGGAAGUUUUUGGCCUUACCGGCGUGCGAAUUUGGAACCCGGAGGCCAUUCGCGCCGGAGAAACGCUGCGUCUGUCUUGCGACUACGAUUUACAAGGAGUGCCGUUGUAUUCGAUAAAAUGGUACUUUGGCGACGAGGAGUUCUACAGGUACGUGCCCAAGGAAUCGCCGCCAACCAGGGUAUUUCCUUUGUCGAGCUCGACAUCCGUUGACAUAUCUGAGUCGAACGACCACAAAGUCACGCUGACCAAUCUCCCACGCGAAAUGUCUGGCCACUACAAGUGUGAAGUGUCAGCCGACGGACCGCUGUUUCAUACACAAAUCAAAGAGUCCUACAUUACCAUCAUCGAAGAACCAAAAUCUCCGCCAAUCGUGUUUGCCGGCAAGCUCAAGUACAGCAAAGGCGAACCGGUCGUGAUCAACUGCACGUCGUACUCGGCUUUUCCGGCCACCAACCUCACGUGGUACAUCAACGAUAUCAAAGUGACGAGCCAAACGAAAUACUCCAAGAUCGUGUCCUGGAUCGUCCCGGAACCUGGCGGCAUGGAGACCAGUAAAUCUAGACUGGAGAUCAAAGCUCGGCCGACGCUGUUCCCGAAUGGCCGCAUGCUCGUGCGAUGCGAAUCGAGUCAGUUCGCGUUGUACAAAAAGUAUACGGUCACCGAACUCGCCGAAGAUUCGCCCAAACUAGCGCAAAUGAUGAGCCCGUCGACCGUUCUAGGAGGAUCCCGAGCGAAUUCAGCCAACAAGUUUGUCACCAACGUCGUAUUCGCGUUGGUAGCCUGUUUGGCCAGCCGGAUAGCGUCGUCUCUUUUUAGAUAGCUUUAAAACACCAUCAACAAUAUUAUUAUGACGACGAUUACGAUUGAUACAAUUUUACCAUUAUACGCAAUAGCUAGACCCUAAAAAAUGUAUAAUAACUACUAAUGUUUGUUUUCCCUCAUACCUAUUAAGUAAAACUACUGUGUGACACGAAAACCCCUAUUUCAUACCGAUACUGUAUGUUGUGUUGAGUCUAGUCUUGAACGCAUUGCAGUACUUACCGAAGUCUACGUUUCCGCACUUGGUGUAAUAUUGUCUUAUUAGUAGAGUAUAAUAUUAUCAUUUUGCUGAUACUAUUAUUAGUUAUUAUAAUAUUUAGGUGUUAUUAUUUCAAUAAUAUUCUAAUAUUGUAUAUUUUAUGUUUACUGCUGAAAUA